AUGGGGGACGAAGAAGGACGCGUAAAUACUCGAAGUCAUUCGCGUAAAGAUUUAGAUACUUAUUUUAAGUCCGAUGCGUUUGGAGACUUAGUGAAUAAAGCAAUUACACAGCAAUUCCAAAGUUUCUUAAGUUCAAAAGGUUUUCAAGAUAUGCUUGUAUUGACGACUAAAACAAUCGUCUCCGAAGUG